AUGACGCCAAAUGAGCUCAAAUAUCUGCCAAUUGAGAAGUUGUGUUUGGCCCUUGUAUUCGCCAUCAGGAAGCUCAAGCAUUAUUUCGAAGCGCAUACAAUUCGACUAGUUUCCAGGGCAAACCCAGUGAAGUAUGUCAUGUCAAAGGUUGUUCUUUCCGAUCGACUUGGUAGGUGGUACUUAUUAUUUCAACAGUUUGAGAUCACUUAUGUACCACAGAAGUCCAUCAAGGGGCAAGCCUUAGCAGAUUUCCUAGCUGAUCAUCCAAUUCCUGCCGAAUGGGAGCUGUCCAGUGACCUACCUGAUGAGGACGUGCAUGUGGUUGAAGUUUUACCUCCAUGGAAGAUGUACUUUGAUGGAGCGGCACACAAAGAGGGGGCAGGCGCUGGAGUUGUCUUUGUUACGCCUGAAGGGGAAGUGCUUCCUUAUUCAUUUACCUUGACAGAACGCUGCUCGAAUAAUGUUGCCGAGUAUCAGGCACUCAUUUUGGGACUUGAAAUUGCAGCCAAUAUGAAGCAACAAAGGGUUAACAUAUACGGGGACUCCAAACUAAUUAUGAACCAAGUACUUGGGGUUUACGAAGUAAAAAAGCUUGAGUUGAUCCCAUACAACAGUUAUGCGAAGACGCUCCUGCAUUGGCUAGGAGAUGCUACGAUGGAGCAUAUUCCAAGGAAACAUAAUAAGCAAGCUGAUGCCUUAGCUGCUUUGGCUUUAACUAUAUCACAUCCUAUAGAUGAGGCUCGGCUACGAGUGUGCCAAAAAUGGGUGGUCCCUCCAAUCUUCGAGGACGAUGGCUCUCUUGACGACAUUGUUGAACUCCCGACUGCUUCUGUCUAUGAGGUAGAUAAAGAGGAUUGGAGGCAAUCAUUGAUUGACUACCUUGUUGAUGGGAAGUUACCCCAAGACCCUCGUAAGAGGGUAGAUGUAAGACGUCGAGCUCCUCGCUUCAUAUAUUUCAAGGAUGCUCUAUACCGACGCUCGUUUGAUGGUGUGUUUCUUCGAUGUUUAGGCGAAGAGGAAGCUUUACAAGCGAUGGAGGAGGCUCACUCUGGAGUGUGCGGUGCUCAUCAGUCUGGUCCUAAGUUACAUUUUCACAUCAAAAGAAUGGGUUACUACUGGCCUACGAUGGUGAAGGAUUGCAUAGACUAUGCACAGAGAUGUCAAGCAUGUCAAUUUCAUGCGAACUUUAUCCAUCAACCUCCUGAACCGCUACAUCCGACGGUAACAUCGUGGCCAUUUGAUGCAUGGGGGCUCGAUAUGGUUGGUCCUAUUACACCCAAGUCAUCAGCAGGGCAUUCGUAUAUAUUAGCAGCCACCGAUUAUUUCUCAAAGUGGGCUGAAGUAGUGGCUUUAAAGGAAGUGAAGAAGGAAAAUGUUGCAGAUUUCAUCCGAGUUCACAUUAUCUAUCGUUUUGGCAUCCCUCGGUAUAUCCUAACCGACAACGGGAAACCAUUCGAUAAUAAAUUGAUGGAUAAAAUCUGCAAACUUUUUGAGUUCGAGCAAAGAAAUUCAUCAGCUUAUUAUGUAGCUGCAAAUGGACUUGCCGAGGCUUUUAACAAAACUCUAUGCAAUCUACUAAAAAAGGUGGUGUCGAAGUCAAAGCGUGAUUGA